AUGGCGUCGUCUUCAGCUUCGGCGACGGUGGCCGUUGAUAAGGCCACCAGCGAUCUUCUUCUAGGUCCUGAUUGGACUACGAACAUGGAAAUCUGCGAUUCUGUCAAUUCCCUUCACUGGCAGGCGAAAGAUGUCGUUAAAGCUGUAAAAAAGAGGUUGCAACAUAAGAGCCCGAGAGUUCAGCAACUUGCUCUGACGCUUUUGGAGACGUUGGUAAAGAACUGCGGAGAUUAUUUGCACCAUCAGGUUGCAGAGAAAAACGUAUUGGGGGAAAUGGUCAAAAUUGUGAAAAAGAAGGCGGAUAUGCAAGUAAGGGAUAAAAUAUUGGUCAUGCUGGACUCUUGGCAGCAGGCUUUUGGGGGUCCAGAGGGAAAAUAUCCGCAAUAUUAUUGGGCAUACGAUGAGUUAAGGCGUUCUGGAGUUGAGUUCCCCCGGCGUUCACCUGAUGCGUCCCCUAUAAUAACACCACCAGCGAGUCAUCCACCGUUAAGACAGCCUCAGGGGGGUUAUGGAUCGCCGCAAGCUGGUUAUGGGAUACCGCAAGCUGGUUAUGGAGUACCGCAGGCUGGUUAUGGAGUGCCGCAGGCUGGUUAUGGAGUGCCGCAGGCUGGUUAUGGAGUACCGCAAGCUGGUUAUGGAAUGCCUCAAGUGGGUUAUGGAAUGCCCAGUGGUUCGUCGAGAAGGCUUGAUGAAGCAAUGGCAAGUGAGGUUGAGGGCUUAAGUUUGUCAAGUCUUGAGUCCAUGAGGGACGUGAUGGAUCUCUUAAGCGACAUGCUACAAGCUGUGGAUCCCAGUGACCGCACGGCUGUGAAAGAUGAAGUCAUUGUUGACUUGGUCGAGCGUUGUCGGUCAAAUCAGAAAAAGCUGAUGCAGAUGCUAACCUCUACUGGAGAUGAUGAACUUUUGGGUCGGGGACUCGAUCUGAAUGACAGUCUUCAAACUCUGCUAGCUAAACACGAUGCAAUAGCUUCUGGUUCUCCUCUGCCAGCAGUCCAGGCUUUGAAACCCGCUGAUUCAAGCCCCAAAUCUUCUGAAGCUAAAGAUUCUAGCUCCAUAACUGGGUCUAGCUCCCCAAUACCAACCACUGUUUCUACGGGGAAAAGCCCAAUUGAUGAGGAGUAUGAAGAGGAGGAAGAUGAGUUUGCGCAGUUAGCUCGAAGGCAUUCCAAACCACCAGCAUCUGUGACUACAGAGCCGACCAGUUCAGAGUCUCAUACUGCUGCAAGCAAUGCUCUUGCUCUUGCUCUGCCUGACCCGCCUCCUCCGGUGAACACCACAAAGGAACAAGACAUGAUUGACCUAUUGAGUCUGACAUUGACUACACCGUUAACUCCACCGCCUACAUCCUCUCAACCUCCUCCAUCUCCUCCUCCUCCCUCUGCCUCAAAUCAAAACACCCAUACCUAUCCACAGGCUUUGCCACAGUUUGAUAGCUAUGUCGCUCCAUGGGCACAGCAACAGCAACCGCAACAGCCUCAUACAGAGCAGGGCUACUCUCAACCUCAAACACAGCAGGGCUAUUCUCAAGCUCAGUCGCAACAGCCUCAACCACAACAGGGCUAUUCGCAACCGCAACAGCCUCAAACACAGCAGGGCUAUUCUCAACCUCAGUCGCAACAGCCUCAACCACAACAGGGCUAUUCGCAACCGCAAACUAGACCUCAGAGCCCGUAUGAGUAUCCUCCUCCGCCAUGGGCUUCAACAUCAGCGAAUGCAUACUAUACCCCUCGAGCUAAUGCAACUGCUUCAUACACAGAGGCAUCGGCCUUAGCCGGGAGAUCGCUGCAGCAGUCCAACUCAUUCCCCGCAAGAGCCGGAGAUCCACAGGCUACUUCAGCUGCAAGCAAUCAAGGUGUAUCUGUGGGACAGAAGCAGCAGCCGUUUGUUCCAUCGUACAGAUUGUUCGAAGAUCUUGAUGUGUUUGGGAGCGCAGACGGGAAACAUAAUAAUAAGUCUGCGAACAGUAAUAAUGCUUCUCAAGGCUUGCCUGGUGGGUCUCAGGCGCAGCAGAGUAUGAUAGGAGGGAGGAAAAUGAUUUAACAUAAGUGGUUGCUUUUCUAUUUUCCCAUUGUGAAUAUAAUGGUGUACAACUGAUUGUACAUUUCUCUUUUUUUUUUUUUUUUUCACCAGUUUUUAAAUCUUGUUUGAUUUUUAGGAUUUGGUAUCGACAUAAUGCUUUGAGCCUUUGAUGAGACGAGGAGAUUGUUUCUUUCUUUGUUUUUAACUUUGUCUUCUGUUUUCUUA